AAGCCCUUAAGCUAGUGAUAAAAUUCACAAACCCCUUUAUCUAAAACCCUAGCAAGCAACAAUGAGACGAACUCUGCUGAAAAAUGCUUCUCUCUUUGCUCGAAACCCUCUGCGCAGUCCAAACCCUAACCCAGCAAUCCUCCCACUCGCUGCUUCGGCUCGGUGUCCACUCAGACUCUACUCGGCCGACUCAAAUGACUCCUCCAAUGACCAAGGCCUCCCGGCCCCUGUUGCUGAAUCCACAUUGGCAGCUCAAACCCAGAAGAAGGACGUAUCUCUCGACGUUCCGGAUGUGAGUAACAAAGAGCUAAAAAUGCGGGUUGAGAAGUAUUUUAAAGGAGAUGAAGAGGCAUUGCCAGCUAUUCUUGAAGCUAUAUUACAGAGGAAGUUGACAGGGAAGCACUAUGAGACAGAUGAUGAGUUGGUGGAAGAAUUGCAGAUGAAACCACUAGAUGAUGUCAAGGACAAAGAGUUUGAAUCAGAUUUUGAGGAGUUGUAUGAGACUGAUGAGGAGAUUGAUGAUUUGUAUAAUGCAAGGGAUUAUGUUAUGAAGAAGAUGGUGAAGGAUGAAUACUUCAACAUGGAUGAUAAGAAGUGGGAUGAGAUGAUUAGUGAAGCAGUUCAGCAUGGGUAUAUGAAAGACACGAGAGAAUGCGAGGCAAUUCUUGAGGAUAUGCUUAGCUGGGACAAGCUUCUGCCAGAUGAUAUCAAGAAAAAUGUGGAGGAGAAGUUCAAUGAGCUGGGGGAUAUGUGUGAAAGGGGGGAGCUUGAACCUGAACAAGCAUAUGAGCUGUUUAAGAAGUUUGAGGAUGAGAUUGUAUCUGAAUACAUGAAAAAGGUCGACGCAGAGGGUCCGCCACAGUUUGAUUUAACUGCAGAGCCAGACAUGAAGAAGGACAUUGAUGACCCACCGGGAGAGGGGCCAAUCCUGAGGUGGCAAACACGGGCCAUUUUUGCUCCUGGUGGUGAUGCCUGGCAUCCCAAAAACAGAAAAGUAAAAAUGUCUGUCACUGUGAAAGAGCUCGGCCUUUCAAAACAUCAAUUCCGUUGGCUGAGAGAACUAGUCGGGAAAAGGUAUCAUCCGGGAAAAGAUGAGCUUACUAUCACCAGUGAGAGGUUUGAACACCGAGAGGAAAACCGAAAAGAUUGCCUUAGGACUCUCUUUUCCCUGAUAGAGGAAGCUGGGAAAGCAAACAAGAUGGCGGAGGAUGCUCGAACUUCUUAUGUGAAGGACAGACUCAGAGCUAAUCCAGCAUUUAUGGAAAGGUUGUGUGCCAAGAAGAUGAGAUCACAAGGAUCUAACUCUGUGAAUGCAUGAGAUUUGAAUAGCAAUCACAUGGAGAAAUAAAAUUACAGGUUAAGGACUUCCGAUUCUGGAUAUGAAUUCGCAGCAGUUUCUGUUUCUUGCAAUUUUAUGGGCAUAACAUCUUUCCUGUAGUUUUUGCUGGGAUCAAUAUGCAUUUUUGCAUGCUGAUAUCAGUCCUUGUGGUUAAUUAACCACAAAGAUACAUUUUUUAUUAGCAGUAUGCAAUGUCAUUAUUUGUUCUUUAAGUUAAAAGGAUUCUUCCAUGUAUAUUAUUCUUCAAUAUAGAUUUUUACUAA